AUGUUAAAGAAGUUGGAUGAUCAUCAUAUGGAGAUUUUAUCAAAUUUCCAAGAGUUCAAUCGAGACUUGACUAUUGCUGUGAUAUCAGAAUUUUCCCGACAGUUUACUCAAGAUCCCCGACAUCUAAAGCAGGUGGCUGCUGUGUAUCUCCGUCUCCAAAAAGAAUCAGCACAAGAUGAUGUUGAUGCUUGUCCAGAACACCAGCAAGACAAAACAGAUUCUUCUUUGCCCAUACAUGACCAGCUUCAAAUAGAAAAUGGUUUUACUGAGGAAACGCUAAGUCUGGAAGCAGGAAAGGUGUGCAAGAAUGGAAUUCGUAUCCUUGAAGGUUUGUCAGCGUCAGGACUUCGUUCUGUACGGUUUGGUUUGGAAGUGCCAGGCGUAAGGGAGAUAAUCGCCAAUGAUUUUGACAAAAACGCUGUCACUUACAUUGAGAAAAACAUUCAGAAGAACAAGUUGGAGGCAUUGGUGAAGGCUAAUUAUGGCGAUGCAUCAAUGGUUAUGUACGAAAAUCGGGAAUAUGAAAAUCGAUUUGAUGUAAUUGAUCUUGACCCUUAUGGAAGCCCAGCCCGUUUUCUUGAUGGGGCGGUACAGGCUGUGUCAGACGGCGGCCUCUUAUGUGUUACCUGUACUGACACAGCAAUACUCUGUGGCAAUGCACCUGAAACAUGUUUUUCCAAAUACCGGGGUAUGUCUCUGCGUGCCAACUUUUGUCAUGAGAUGGGGCUUCGUAUCAUUCUCCAGGCUAUUGAAACGCAUGCUAAUUCAUACUCGCGUUACAUUCAACCCCUCCUCUCGAUCAGUGCGGAUUUUUACAUGCGCGUCUUUGUGCGUGUCUUUAAGGGACAAAGCAAGGUAAAGCAGUCAGUCACAAAAUUAGCAAUGGUCUACCAUUGUGUUGGGUGUGGGAGCUUCAGUCUGCAACCACUCGGAGAAAAAACAGUGACAAAAGGAAGCAAUUUCAAAUAUACACCAGCAGUAGGCCCACCUGUAGGCUCAACAUGUAAUCACUGUGGGUCACGUCACAAUGUCGGGGGUCCAAUUUGGGCUGAUGCUUUGCAUGAUAAGGAAUUCUUACAGAAUGUGAUUGCAUCUGUGGAGAAAGAGGAUUUUAAACUAAACACAAAGGACCGUAUCUUAGGAAUGUUGUCGAUGGCCUAUGAAGAACUUCCUGACAUUCCACUCUACUAUAUUGGUGAUGGAAUCUGUGAUAGACUCCACUGUAUUGCACCAAGUUUGCUACAAAUCAGAUCAGCAAUUCUGAAUGGAGGCUAUAGGGUUUCCCUAUCUCACUGUGCCAAAAACUCUCAUAAAACUGAUGCCCCAGCUGAAUUUAUUUGGGAUAUUAUGCGUGUGUGGAUUAAGGAUCACCCAGUGAAAGAGUCUCGUUUGCAGGAAGGUAGUGUUGUCAAAGCCAUUCUAGACAGAGAGCCCAAAUAUAAAAUCUCAUUUGAGCUUCAUCCAAAUGCUAACCCUCCUUCUCGUAAGCAAGGUCUGCUCCGUUGGCAAAUCAACCCAGAGCCCUUCUGGGGUCCACGGCCUCGUGCUCGAGUAAAGGAGGCUGACAAAACUUGUACAGAUGCAAAGAAAGAAAAGAAUAAGAAACGUAAGCGAGAAAAAAAUGAUCGCGAUUUGAAAAUGUAUCCUUGCAAGCAGUUCAAAGCAGGACAAUGUAAACACGGUGACAGUUGCGUCUACAGUCACAAUCUUGAUAUGGAAGGCGAAAAGAUGACAAGCGCUAAAGGUGCAGCUACGGACACAAAGGAAGAAUCUUAG